GCGUGGGGCCGGGAGGCGGGAUGCGGGGGGCGGCGGGGGUUGGGCUUCCUGGGUCAGCGCCGCCGCCGCCGCCUCCAUUGUCCGCGGGGCCGCGGCGGGAGCGGCGGGAGCGGGGCCGCCCCCAGACCCGGGCGGGCGGCGGCAUCACACCCCUCCCCCCCCGCCCCACUGCAGGUACCGGGGGUCUCACCCCCGCCCCCCCCCCCCCCCCCCCCACGGGGAGUACCGGGGUCCCGCCCCCUCCCGGUGGUAUUGGGGGGGUUCCUUCCCCCGCCCCCCCCCCACCUCCGUGGGUACCCCUCCCCAGCACAGGUGUACGGGGGGGGGGUGUGUCUCGCCCUCCCGGGGGCUCCGCAGAAUGUGGUGCUUGGGGUGACGCCCCCCCCACCGCCCACCCCAGCCCCGGCCAUGUCCCCCCGCAAGGCCAAGCGGGCCGGGGGGCCGCCCCCCGAGGGGGAGGCAGCAGUGGGGGCGGCGGCGGCCCCCCGGGUCUCCCCGGGCAUCCGCAAGCGCAAGGACUUCGUGGCGCAGCCGGGGGGGCGGGCGGAGGAGAGCCCCAACAUCUGCGUGGAGUGCGGGCAGAGCUUCGCCCAGAGCUCCGGCCUCGCCAGCCACCGCCGCAGCCACGCGGCCGCGCGGCCCCACCGCUGCCCCGACUGCGGCAAGAGCUUCGGCGUCAGCUCCAGCCUCAGCCGCCACCGCCGCAUCCACACCGGCGAGAAGCCCUUCGCCUGCCCCGACUGCGGCAAGACCUUCAGCGACAAGUCCAACCUCACCCAGCACCGCCGCGUCCACACCGGCGAGAAGCCCUACCGCUGCGGCGACUGCGGCAAGAGCUUCAGCCGCAGCUCCCACCGCAAGAAGCACCUGCGGCACCUCCCGGCCGGCAAGCGCCCGCCGCCGCGCUGCGGGGCCCAGCCGCGGGACGGGGCGGCCGGCGGCGGCGGCGGGCCGGCCAAGGCGCGGCGGAAGGCGUCGGCGCUCAACACCUGCGGCGAGUGCUGGCAGAGCUUCGGCCAGAACGCCGACCUGGUGAAGCACAUGCGCAUCCACACCGGGGAGAAGCCCUUCCAGUGCGGCCACUGCGGGAAGCGCUUCAGCGUCAGCUCCAACCUCUUCCGCCACCGCCGCAUCCACACCGGGGAGAAGCCCUACGCCUGCCCCGACUGCGGGAAGAGCUUCACCGACAAGUCCACCCUCACCCAGCACCGCCGCACCCACACCGGGGAGAAGCCCUACGUCUGCGGCGUCUGCGGGAAGGGCUUCAGCCACAGCUCCCACCACAAGCGCCACGAGAAGAUCCACCGGGGCGAGCGGCCAAAUUUGUGCGCCGAGUGCGGGAAGAGCUUCCUGCAUGGCUCGGACCUGGUGAACCACCAGCGCAUCCACACCGGUGCCAAGCCCUUUGUCUGCGGCGACUGCGGCAAGAGCUUCCGGCAGAGCUCGACGCUCAUCACCCACCGGCGCAUCCACACCGGCGAGGCACCCUACGCCUGCGGCCACUGCGGCAAGAGCUUCCGUGUCAGCUCCAACUUCGUCCGCCACCGCCGCAUCCACACCGGCGAGAAGCCCUACGCCUGCCCCGACUGCGGCAAGAGCUUCACCGACAAGUCCACCCUCACCCAGCACCGCCGCGUCCACACCGGGGAGAAGCCCUACGUCUGCGGCGACUGCGGGAAGGGCUUCAGCCGCAGCUCCCACCGCAAGCGGCACCUCCGCGCCCCCCCUGCCAAGGGCCGCGGCCGAUGCGCCCGCCGCAGCCCCGAGCCGUCCCCCGCCGAGGGCAAGGGCGGGAGGAAGCCGCUGGCCGCUGAGGUCCCCGACACCUGCGGCGAGCGCUGGCAGAGCUUCGGGCAGAGCUCGGACCCGGUGAAGCACAUGCGCACCCACACCGGGGAGAAGCCCUUCGCCUGCGGCGUCUGCGGGAAGGGCUUCAGCCGCAGCUCCCACCGCAAGCGCCACGAGCGGACCCACGCUGGGGAGGCCCCCGACACCCGCCUGCCCUGCCCGGCCCAGGGCUUCUAACCCCCACCGCGGGCCGGGCUGAGGCAAGCCCUCCUGGAAGCUGCCCCGGCCCUUCGGCGGGGUGCACGGCCGUCACCGGGACAGCUAAUUUACCAGGUCCCGGGGUUGAAGCGUGACUGUUGGUGCCGCUACGGCCGUCCGUCUGCCCGCCCUGGGCUUGGGCAGCUGCCGCGGAGCCAGCUGUGCUGCCGCGCGAGCCCGGGGCUGGGGGGGGGGGGCACACAAAUAUACAGACCCCCAGCUCUGUCGGGACAGAUGUGCACUGGGGGGGGGGGGGGUACUCGCCCUGAGCGGGCCCUGAGGUGCCCCCCUCCUGCAGAUUUAACUGAAAUACCCUAUUGUCUACCCAGUUUUCUUCAGGGCUGGGAGGGGCUCCCACUCUCCGUCUCCUCCAGCGCUGCAUGGAGCCUGUGGUGGGGAGCAGCAGUGAAGGCACGCCGUAAAUUAGUGAUAAUGAUGAUAAUUAUGGUGAUGAGUCAUCACGUUCGGUGCCACCACCGAAGCAAAUCCUGGACCGAACUUGGUUUGAAUUUGGGCUGGUUUUCCCACCGCUUUGGGUUUCCCGGGGUUUAAAAAAAAAAAAUAAAAAAGCCACUUCCCAAUUAUAAAAAAAAAAAAAAGAACCAACCCAAAAGUAAUAA